AUUUAGCUGGUUAUUUCCUCUUGUCGGGCACGUCGGGGUAGGAGAUUCACAAGGAAAUAUUUUUGACUUUGCAGGCCCUUUCCUUGUCUCCGAAAAUGAUAUGGCCUUUGGAUGGCCUACUUUGUUUGUUCAACUUGAUAGUGGCUUAAUUGAUCGACAAGUCACUUGGGACCAUGCGGUAUAUGCAUCAAAUGAAGCUUAUAAGAAGCGCAUGCCGCUUGCUAAUGCUGUAAUGUUUUGUCGUCCGUAUAUAAUGGAAAUGAUCUCAAUUAUCUGA